GACUCCACCAUCUCGCGUGUUCACGUCCUGUUACAUUACUAAACCUUAAAAUGAGGAUGGUCUCAGGGGGCUGACAACACUGCCCGACUCCUCGCUCCGAGCCACCGAGACCAGCUUCAUGCCCCAGCUUCAGCUGCUCUGCGACCCGCAGCUCCGUGGCAGCCAACCAGGAUAAUGAUCCUCUUAUUAAUCGUCGCCUGCCUUGGAAUAACGACGCUAUUGACAUUUCUAUUUGCACCCUUCAUCAGGAGCUAUGCGGCCGGUGGGGUGUGUAGGUCUGAAGCCCGGUUGGACGGGAAAACGGUGCUGAUCACCGGCGCCAACACCGGGAUCGGCAAGGAGACCGCUCUCGACCUGGCGGGAAGAGGUGCGCGGGUGAUCAUCGCUUGUCGGAACAUGACGAAGGGUGCCAAGGCGCUGGCCAGCAUACAGGCCGCUUGCCCCGGUGCCCAGGUCGAGGUUCGAGAGCUGGACCUGGCUGACACCUCCUCCAUACGGGCCUUCGCUCAAAAGUUCCUCCAAGAGGUGAGCCAGCUGCACAUCCUGAUCAACAACGCUGGGGUGAUGAUGUGUCCCUACAUGAAGACCAUCGACGGGUUCGAGAUGCAGAUCGGUGUCAACCACCUCGGUCACUUCCUGUUGACCUCUCUGCUGAUCGGCCUGCUGAAGCGCAGUGGGCCGGCGCGCGUGGUGGUGGUCUCGUCGAUGGCCCACAACUUCGGCUGGAUCCGUUUCCACGACCUCCACAGCCAGGGCAGCUACAACAGCGGCCUGGCUUACUGCCAGAGCAAGCUAGCCAACGUGCUGUUCACCCGCGAGCUAGCGCGCAGACUUAAAGGUACGAACGUGACGGUGAACUCGCUGCACCCGGGCACGGUCAACUCUGAGCUGACCAGACACUCGACCCUGAUGACCAUCCUCUUCACGGUCAGCUCCAUCUUCCUCAAGACCCCCCAGGAGGGCGCGCAGACCUCCGUCUACUGCGCCGUGGCGGAGGAGCUCCACGCCAUCUCGGGCAAGCACUUCAGUGACUGCUCCCCUGCCUUCGUGGCUCCCCAGGGCCGGAGCGAGGAGACGGCCAGGAGGCUGUGGGACGCCAGCUGUGAGAACCUGGGCAUUGAGUGGGAUUGAUGAUGGAUAUCUGUUGAAACCGCCAUCACCCUCCUCCUUAGCCCCCUCCUUCACCCCUUCAUCGGCCAUCUUGGUUCUAACGGUUAAGGCUUCGUUAUGGCUCCAAGUGGACGCAACGCAAUGACCACGCAGCCGUGAACCUGUUUUUGGUUCCGCUUUCGGUUUACUUUGAGGUGUACAUUAGCGGACCAAUCAUAGCCCUCGCUGCUGCGUCUCCUCGACACAAGGUUACACUUUUUGGGAUGCGCACGUCAGGCCCUUGCGGUGGACGCAAGGAGGGUCCGCAAACCCACUGGCAUUGCGUCACCAUGGAACCAUAACUAAGCCUUACUAAGCUGGUUGCGGAAUGCAGAGUUCCAAAAUGUCAUCGGGUCGAAUAAGGCCCACGUCGUUAAGUUUCGUGCUUAUGAGAGUUCAGCCGCUGGGUACUAUGGCGACAGGAGUACCAUGCCCAUAAUGUGAAGAUUUUUGUAAUAAUGAAGUUAUAAUAACAUAACAAUGUAUUUUUGUGGGGGAGAUGCCAUGACUUGCGGUGUGCAAAGUUAUGAAGUUAGUGUGACUUCAGAUGUAUAUCUUUUGUGACGAUGUGAAUCCGAUAUGGUGGAGUUGGUGUAGGAUACUGUGUGGUGGUCAAACCAGGGUUAACACCAAGCCUAUUCAUUACAUUUCCUUUUUAAAACUUUAUUUGUUUCUUAAAGUUCCUCCAGACUCGGUAGCCACAGCACACCGUUUAGUACCGGCUUUUUAGAAAAAGGAAAUACAAGAGACAUUCUUAUGGUUUCCUUAACCAAGAAAUAUAAAACAUCAUUGUCAAUGUAGAUCAUUGACAAUGUUGAUGGAUUAUAUAGACAGGGAGAGUUCCCAUAGUUUAAAACGAAAAUAAGAAGCAGGCCCUUGCAAAAAAUCCAAAACAGGACCAUUUUGAGUUUUCAGGUUACUGGAGGAAAUCUUCAUUCCAAGGUUUUAAUAUUUACAGUUUUUGUUUUCUAUACAGACUUAUGUUGGACUUUUCAGCAUUCACCACAAGCACAGCUGCCAAACUUUUUACAGACGCUGGUGUUUUAUAUACUAGAUGUACAUGCCUUUUACUAGACCAACAUUCAUGUUCAGAGUUGAAUGUUUACAUUUGAUGUAAAUAAACAGAUCUGUUGCUUAAAGUGUACCUUUACUUCUUGAACUUGAGAUGAUUUGAAUUACAGUUUUGAUUUGAUGCAAAUCAGGAUAACAGGAGCAGGACAGAAAUCUGACAAUUUACGAUUUUCUUGGCUGUUAUAAAAAAACCAACCUCUUGCUUUCAAAAGUAGAUGUUACUAUUGGUUUGAAUGUUAUGCCCUGCCCACUUGGACACAAAAUGUAAAUUUUUAGAGAGGGAGCAAAUGGAAAAUUGUGAUAGGUUAUUUUAAAGCUGUGGUUCCAACAAUGUGAAAUGAAUGGUACAUGACUAAUGUAUAUGUAUUCUGGAAAGAAGAACUGGUUAAAUAAUGUAAUAGUGGACCAACAAAUACAACUGUCGUGGUUUCUACAAGACCGAUUUUAUUCCAUAGGACAUUGUAAACAUUACAAUUAUUGUUAACAAUUUCAAAUGGCUGACAUGAGGCCAAAAA